CCGCUGCCUCUGCGGGGCGCUGGGCCGCAGGGUCCCGCUCGGGAGCGCGGCCGCCCCGGGGCCUGUGCCCGAGCCCCGCGCUGCGCCAUGGGCCGGCGGCCGCCGGGCGGGGCCGUGCUGGGGCGGGCGGCGCUGACGCUGGGGCUGGUGCUGCUCUAUUACUGCUUCUCCAUCGGCAUCACCUUCUACAACCAGUGGCUGAUGAGGAGUUUCCAUUUCCCUCUUUUUAUGACCCUGCUGCACCUCCUGGUUAUUUUCCUGCUCUCUGGUCUGACCAGGGCCCUGAUGCAUUGCUGCACCAAGAGGUCCCGUGUGGUGCUGACUUGGGCUGACUAUCUCAGAAGGGCGGCUCCAACAGCAUUGUCGACUGCCUUGGACAUUGGGUUGAGCAAUUGGAGCUUCCUGUACAUCACAGUAUCCCUCUACACAAUGACAAAAUCCUCUGCUAUCCUCUUCAUCCUGCUCUUCUCCCUGAUCUUCAAACUGGAGGAGCUGAGGAUGGCGCUGGUGCUGGUGGUUCUGCUCAUUGCUGGGGGACUCUUCAUGUUCACGUACGAGUCCACACAGUUCAACAUGGAGGGGUUUGCGCUGGUGCUGGGUGCCUCAUUCCUUGGGGGCAUUCGCUGGACUCUCACCCAGAUGCUAAUGCAGAAGGCCGAGUUGGGGCUUCAGAAUCCUAUUGACACCAUGUUCCACCUGCAGCCUCUUAUGUUCCUGGGGCUCUUCCCUCUCUUUGCUGUGUUUGAGGGGUUGCCCCUAUCUACGUCGGAGAAGUUGUUCCGUUUCCAUGAGGCAGGGCUGUUGCUCAGUGUGGUGGGGAAGCUCUCCUUAGGGGGGUUUCUUGCUUUCGGCCUGGGCUUCUCUGAGUUCCUCUUGGUCUCCAGAACCUCCAGCCUCACUCUCUCCAUUGCUGGCAUUUUUAAGGAAAUCUGCACCUUGCUGCUGGCCACUCACUUGCUCGGAGACCAUCUGAACCUCCUGAACUGGGUGGGCUUUGCUGUCUGCCUAUCGGGAAUCUCCCUGCACGUCACUCUCAAAGCAUUCAGUUCGAAAGGUGAAAAGGAGUCAAAGCUACACAAAGAGACCAGCUCCAGCCCUGACCUGGAGCUGCUGCUGCGGCGCAGUGAGGCUGAAGAGGAGGAGGAGGAAGAAGUUGGAACCGAGCUACAGCACUAACUCGGCACUGAGCACAGCGCCUCUGCUGCAUCUGAUCAUCAGACACGACUGACAGAUGAGCAGCAAACAGGUCCAAGAAUCUUGGGCUGCCAGCUCCUUGAGUUUGGGCACAUGAAAAGGGAUGGAGCUGGAGCUAGUGAGGGACCUACUUCUCAGUACCCACAGCCCAGAUCCAUGGAGUCUGUUUGGGUGAAACAGGCAGCACUAUGCGCUUCCCCUUAAAAGGGAUUGGAAGAGAAACCCCCCGGCUGUAGUGUGGGGGAUGGGGCGGGGAAAUUCAGAUUGUAGAGCAAGGGGAGCCCACAGGCUGCAGGUCAAGGAGAUGAGGAUCAGGGCUCACUAUGGACUCUUUCUCCAACUUGUUCUGGUGUUGGCUCCAAAGAGAGAAGGCAGAAGGGCCCCUUUGGGGCUCUUUCCCCACAGCUUUGUCACUGAGAGCCCUUACGUUCUCUGAAGAUGAUGGUGAUAUAGAAAAU